ACCGCCCGUCUGAAGGUCUGCCGGUAAAAAAAUAUGUAUAUAAAAGCCCGUUGCCGCCUGAUAAAAGCGGGCACGUCUGAACUGAGUCUCUGCAGAACUGAGUAUAUAUAUCCAGUCCAUUCCACAACGAAGCACAGUCAAGCUACAGCCAGCAACCAAACAAUUAGCCAAUCAAUCUAUCCAAUAUGUGCAGACUUACUUUGCUAUUCAUUUUGGGUCUAGCAUGUGCACAGGCAGUGCCGCUGGUAUCCUACGACGACAUUGACGAUACGGAGGCCAUUGAGCUGCCAGGCAUUGAAGAGCCAUCCGCGGCAAGUAAGGACAUCAUUGACUUGAGCUCCUAUGGCAGUGCCAUGUAUGGCACUCCCGAUCAGGAGCUAACAGCUGCCCUUGUGGGCAAUUUCAGUGCCGACACUGACAAGGUUAAUCCCGAGGAGUUGGGCAGCUAUCUUGAGGGUGAUAUACUCGUGCCACAGUCACCGAUUACCAUGAAAAACGGCCUGACCACGCAGAGUUCGCGCUGGCCCAACGGUGUGGUGCCAUACGAAAUCCGCGGCAGCUUUAAUGCCCGCGACAUGGCUACCAUACAGAGCGCCAUAGCGCAGUAUCACAAGCGCACUUGCAUCCGAUUUGUGCCGCGCAGCAGUGAACGGGAUUACAUUUCGAUUGUGAGCGGCAACUCGGGCUGUUGGUCAUCAGUGGGCCGUGUGGGUGGCAAGCAGGAGGUGAAUCUGCAGUCGCCUGGCUGCUUAAGUCGACCCGGCACAGCCAUACACGAGCUGAUGCACGCCCUUGGCUUUUUACACGAACAGAAUCGCAUGGAGCGUGAUGGCUUUGUGGCUAUCCAAUACAGGAAUAUUCAAUCCGCAGCCGUAAGCAAUUUCGAGAAGGCCGCCAAGACGGAAGCAUUUGGAAUUCCCUACGAUUAUGGCAGCGUCAUGCACUAUUCAGCGAAUGCCUUCUCCACCAACGGGCAACCGACUAUUGUGGCGAUGCAAUCGAAUGGUGCUUCUAAAAUGGGUCAGCGCAACGGAUUCUCCGACUUCGAUGUGGAUAAACUAAAUCGCAUGUACGACUGCGGCUAUGUGGGUGGAUCUGCGCCCGCGGUUGGAGCUGGCGCAGCAGCGCCUGCUCCUGCUCCAGCUGUUCCGGCGCCAGCUCCUGUUGCUCCCGGUGGCAAUCCCAUCGUUGAUAGUUUUCUCAGCGGUCUCAUCAGUGGACUGGGUCUUGGAGACGGCGAGAACGAAAAGGCCACUGAAGCUAGCAACUAGACCAAAGAACCUGCAAAAUUCAUAUGUUCACAAACGCAACCAACUAUUUAAUGCAUAACCCAUACAAACUUAGUCUAGUAUUAAUUAUCAUGAAUCUCUACCUGAUCAAAGUAUAUAAGAAUAAAAACUAGCACCAAUUGCAUAAACUUU